AUUCAACUCGAUAGCUCCACGGUCCAUCCAGUUCAUCAAUGGCAUUUCGGUUCUUUGGCAAGUCCUUGUUGUACGCCCUGCCCCUAGGUGUCACUUUUCUGGACUGCGUAGGAUAUGUGGCCAGGGUGGAUGGCAUCUCUAUGCAACCUGCUCUUAAUCCAGUGCCGGAUGAGAAGGACUAUGUGUUUUUGCUCCGUUGGGGCUCGAACAAUCCUAGCCAAGUAGAACGUGGAGAUGUAAUAUCUCUCAUCUCGCCGAAAGAUCCCGCCCAGAAGAUCAUCAAACGCGUGGUGGGCCUACAGGGCGAUGUGGUCUCGACACUAGGUUAUAAACAUGAGAUCGUUCGUGUUCCACAGGGUCAUUGUUGGGUGGAGGGUGACCACACGGGUCACUCCAUGGACAGCAAUACCUUCGGCCCCGUGGCCUUGGGUCUGAUGUCCGCACGAGCAGUGGCUAUUGUCUGGCCACCAGAACGCUGGCGGAUAAUUGAAACCGAACUGCCACGUCGUAGGAGACCCAUCCAGGCCUCCAAGAAUACCAGCAACUACUACAACUAGACUGACCACCACCUGGCAAAGAUAGUUCCAAAUGUGUAAAUACUUACAGAAUUACCCUUAUAUUUUAUAAUCAAUUGUUGUGUUCCCGCAUGCGAGGCAAGGUAGGAUGUUCUAAAUUAAAAAUAAAAGUAAUAAAAAACCAAAGAAUUUUUAAUGUAAA